AUGUCCAAACCAAAUACACCUUUACACGCUCAACCGAAUGAACAGCUAGACUUGAGUAAUCUGAACGAUCUGGACGAAAAAGACAUUGACGAUUUAAACUUGGAUCCAGACUCUGACGUAGAGAUAAUCACAGACUCCGACGCUGUCGCGAGUUCGAAUAUAAAUGAUACGAUAUGGAAAUGUAAUCCCAAUAAGAAAAGGUAUCAUACGCCAGAAUUCAAUGACGUUUACAGUGAAACUAACAACGCCAUAAACGACAUAACCAUGCUUGAUGACGUUGAUGAUUUCCAGCCUAGAAUCAACGUAUCCUCUCCGUUUUCAUCCACUACAAAACUUAAUGACUUAUUGUCAAGUGGCCACAAUGAAGUUACACAUCCAAGAAGAUUAUCGAUGUCCCAACAAUCCAAGUUUAUAUCCUAUGUUGAUGACCAGCUUUUACAAAUCCAGAGAAAAUUUGUCCAAUCCAGGGGUUUGAAUGUGAAAAAUGGUUAUGCUAGUCUUACUCCCUUAUUGAAAGACUUGAAAACUUUGAUUGACUUUAUUUGGUAUUCCAUCGCACAUGUCCCCAAUUCGGACUAUUUACUUCAGUCAGAACAAAAGAGACACUGCCCUAGUGCCCGAACGUCAAGCACCACAUCUGAACAUUCCAGUUAUUUCGGACAGGGAUCUUAUUUAAUCAAAAUUGCAGACGAUCUCAUUGAUUAUGCGGAAAAGUUCACGUUUAAAGAUAUGGAAGAUUCAGAGAUCAACGAUACAUUAUCCAAGCUAUUCAAACUAUUUUUCAUCCUUGAUAAGAUAUUCGUAAUCUUGAUCGAUAACAACGACUGCAAAGAAGCGGCAGCGGUGGCUUCAAAAAAGAAAUUGAAUGGAACUGAAAUCGUUAGAUUAAAAGGUAUCGCAGAACGAACAAGAGUUCGCUUACCCAUAUUUUUAGAAUCUCAACUUAUUCACGGCUACCAUUACGAAUUAAGUAGAAUUUAUGAGGGGUUUUUAGACAAUGCCAACUCGAUCUAA